GUCGUCAUACUAUGCGACCAAAUCACUCUGGCACUGAACUUCGGAAGCUGGCUGCAAAUUCAUCAGCAAGUUACGCGGAGCAGAUUUUCUCACAUUAAUUGUAGUUAGCAACAACCAAUAAUAGAAUGGGUAACCCCUGGUGUUUGAACAAUUGAGACCGUUCAGUUCUGAGCUGUAAAACUACCAGCCGUUGCGCCGCCGACACAAGCGCAGUAGCGCGCGGUGGUUGGUUUGAAAGGGGCACGUGCUGACAGUGGCGGUUGGCCCUUUAAAAGUUUACGGUCUGAGUGUGUUUCAGCUGCUUGGAGAAUGCCCAAAGUUAAAAUCGGGAAGAAACAUGGAAGGUGCAGAGAAACUCCAGGGCAAAGUCAAGGUAUCGUGUUCAACACUGGAAUUGGUCAGCACAUUCUGAAGAAUCCUUUAAUUGUGAAUAGCAUCAUUGAAAAGGCUGCUAUUAGACCUACAGAUGUCAUAUUGGAAGUUGGACCUGGAACUGGUAAUAUGACUGUGAAACUUCUGGAAAAGGCUAAAAAGGUAAUUGCUUGUGAACUUGAUACCAGACUCGUUGCUGAAUUGCAGAAAAGAGUUCAGGGAACACCUACAGCAAGUAAACUUCAAAUAAUGGUUGGAGAUGUGCUGAAGACAGACUUGCCAUUCUUUGAUGCAUGCGUAGCAAACUUACCAUAUCAGAUCUCAUCUCCAUUUGUUUUUAAACUACUGUUGCACAGACCAUUCUUCAGAUGUGCAGUGUUGAUGUUCCAACAAGAAUUUGCUCUUCGGCUUGUUGCAAAGCCAGGGGAUAAGCUAUACUGCAGGCUGUCAAUCAAUACACAGUUAUUGGCACGUGUAGAUCACCUGAUGAAGGUUGGAAAAAACAACUUCAGACCACCUCCAAAAGUUGAAUCAAGUGUGGUUAGGAUAGAACCAAAGAAUCCUCCACCUCCAGUGAACUUUCAGGAAUGGGAUGGUCUGGUCCGGAUAGCAUUUGUGAGAAAAAACAAGACUCUAGCUUCAGCUUUUAAAUCCAAUGCAGUUGAGCGAUUGCUGGAAAAAAAUUACAGAAUACACUGUUCUUUGCAUAAUAUUCAACUACCAGAAAACUUCAGCAUUACAGAAAAGAUCCAGAAAAUCCUGGAAGAAACCAAUUUUAAUGAAAAACGAGCUCGUACAAUGGACAUAGAUGAUUUCAUGAGCUUACUUCAUGGUUUUAAUUCACAAGGAGUCCACUUCUCAUGAGCACAUUGCUUUGGCAACCCAAGUCGUUGAUAAGGUCUAACGUAAAUAAGAGGACAGACUUGUUGCAAAUCCUAUUAAAAAGCUUUUAUGAUAUUAAGAAUGAUUUUAUAGUCAUUUCGAACAAGUUUAGUCUGGAUUUGGGUUGAAACAAAUCCAAAUACUCAUAAGUGAGCAUUUACAUCCUUUGCACAUGUAAGGUCACAUGAUUUGUUCCCAAAUGAGCAUAUUAUACUUCUAAAAAUAAUGUACUGCUCAAAGUAGCAGAAAAUGUAUAACUGUUCACUCUGAAUAAAAUUUAAUGUGUUAUAGACACCUUCCUAUGAA